GCCCAAAAUUGGGACGGCUUGCCUCGCAAGAUUCUUCAGCCAUGGGUGUGGACCGCGCAGCUGGGGCAGAGGCCUCAGGGGCAGGCAGCGGCGUGUUGCAAUGGGCCAUCUCUCGCGCCGCGCGGAGCUUCGGGCGCUACGGGGGCGUCUUCCUGCAGGCGACGAGCACCUUUGACGACUCGCUGCUCUUUGCCGGGGCAGCCGGCUUUCUGACCACAGGCAGCAUGGCGCGAGUCUCCAUCAAUGAUGCCUUUGAGGUGGCCUCCGUUACGAAGAUGGUCACGGCCACUGUGGUGCUGCAACUCGUAGAGGAGGGCCACCUGCAGCUGGACCAGUACUGGGCCUCUGUGGGCAAUGGCGCGGUGGCAGGCAAUGUGCAGGAGCAUGUCCCCGCUUGGCCCGCACGCUUCAGCAACGUGACGGUGAUGCAGCUUCUGCAGCACACCAGUUGUUUGCCGAACUACUGGGAGGAUGGCUCUGACUUUGUCAAAGCCUUCGAGGCUAAGCCUGACCGAGUAUGGCAAACCUGGGAGCUUCUCAGCUAUGCGGCCGCGAUGCAGACACCCUGCGAACAGCGGGACCGCGGGAAGGAGUCAGCAUUCCACUAUGCAGACACGAACUACUUGUUGCUCGGGCUCAUGGUGGAACACCUCACGAGCAAGCCCCUGCCGGCGGCUUUUCGGGACCGCGUGUUUACGCCCGCGGGCAUGUCCCGACAAGGCACCUACUGCAAGUUCCUCGAGGGAAGGCCGCAGGACGCCCCACCCUUGGCGGCUCGCUACAUGGGCACCAUGCAACUCACCGGCCAGAAGCGGCACUCUGCGGACUCCUUCGCGGCUGGGGGCAUCGUGACCACCGCGGAAGACCUCGAGAAGUUCAUGUCGGCGCUUUCCAGCGGUAGGCUCUUCCAGGGUGGGACGUCCACGUUGCAGAAGAUGCAGUCCUGGGUCCCCGCGAAGCGUGGGCCCGGGUUUUGGUACGGCCUGGGCGUGAUGAAGAUCGAUCUUGCGGGGUUUUCCAGCCCCUUUUCCCCCUUCCGCCCUGAGGGAUACAUCUGGGGGCACGAAGGCUUCGGGGGCGCCUUUGCAUGGAAUUGGGUGCCCACAUCGGCUCCCGGGAUGGUCAUUACCGGGACCACCAAUAACGAACAAAGGUCCUAUAUGGAUUUAGUCCUGGCAGUUUUGCAGUCGACUCAAGCCAGAGGCUCUUUGCGCGGGACAGGGGUGCAACCUUGAGUGCUCCUGAGACCUCCUCCUCCAAACUGACGUUGUUUGUUGAACGGGCAGCUUGGGAAGCCUGCGUGAGA